AUGCAAGACAAUAAUCAUCGCCAAGGUUCAGGCGGUCAUGAAGACGAAUUUUCUCGUCUUGAAAAGCAAAUUUCCAGGAGUGAUCACGUUUUGCAUUGCUUAACGCGUAAUCAAGCUUAUAUCGAAGAGCUUCGUUACAUUUUAAAGCAAGCUGCUACACAGAUCCAGCAAGUAGCUCCAUCUUCCGAUAAUUUAUCAAACACAUCAAGCGCUUCUCCCAUUGAAAAUUCAAAUAACAACGACAAAUCAACAUCAUCUCAAACAAUAUACGAUCAGAUAUACGAAAAUAUAAAACAAAUCAUUUAUAGUGUUCCGCAAUCCGAAGAAUUAAGAGAAUUUUUACGGAAAUUACACCAACAUUUUGCAGAUAUCCUACUUCUAAAGAACCAAGCUCAAUCUUCUCGUCUCCAAUAUAACCAGCCCCAGCAAGAGACACUAAUUAACUUCCUAAAUAAGAAAUUCGAAUUCGGAAUUGAUCAUGCACCAAAAGAUAAAUGCGACGAAGUAGGGAAUACGUUCAAAAUUUCGCAAAAUGCUGUAUCUUCUAAGUAUCACAAACUGAUUGAUUCACUCGCUCCGUCGAAACAAGCACUUUCUUACAUAGAUCAGAACAUUGAUAACGAAAAUCCAAUUGAUUCAUUGACAGAAAUGUAUAACGACCUCGAAGAAACAGAAAAGGAGUUGACAAAUGAACUCAAAAGUCUCGAAAUGAACGCAAUUUUGUAUAACGAUUAUAUUAACAAUCCUCCAUUCGAUAUUGUGAGAGAAUCACCCGAAUAUCAAGAAUAUCUUAGAGGUUCGCAAUAUAUUCUACCAAAAGUUCGCUCAAAAGCCGAAAAAAUGCAAGAAAUUUAUUCAAUUAUGUUACAGAAGCACAAAGAAUUAACAGAAGCACUCGUAAAUACAGACUUUAAUCCUUCCGAUGAAGAAUACGCUAAAAUACUUCAGGAAGAAGCAGAAGUUACUGUUCUUCAUCGAAAAUUAAUUUUUGUAAAGGGAAUUGUCAGCCAACUUAAGUCACUAUUCCCAGACAAAAGCGCUGAUUUUUGUAAGCGAGACAGGAAAGUUCUCCAAGACGCAAUUUCCGCAUUUGAUAAAAAUAAUUUGGAAGACGUGAAGAAAAUUCUUUCAGAUUACAAGAAAGAGCUUCCAGGCAUCCAAGCAUCCAUCAAAGAAGAGACAUCUCAGAUAGAAAACUACGGGGCGAGCCUAGAAGAGCAACUUCCAAGUUUAAUGCGAAGACAUACAAAACAAAUGGACCAAGCAACAAUAAGAGGGCUUGAGCAAUCACGUGAGAACGUGAAGAAGGCCAAACAGUCCAUAGAACAGGCCGAGGAACAAAUGGAAAGCCAAUUCAAAGAAAUUAAAGAAAGACACAAAAAUCUUUUAGAGGGAAACUUUUCAAUUAACGCUUUCCCACCCAAUCUAGACGUAAUAGUAGAGAAUACACAGAACAGAUUGGCAACUAAAAGAUGGUACGAGCGAAGAAUCAAAAAUUUGGAAAAAGAAAACGAAGAUAUUAAAACGAAAAUCGCUGAAAUGAAGGAAGAAACAGAACAAAUAAGAAGUGAAACCAAGGCAAAGAACGAAAUCAAUGAUUCUAUGAGGAAAAUGAAGGCUAAGAAUAUUCCUCACUCAUUAGAUGAACUAAAGAGCAUUAUUGAAUGCCCAUUAUGCGGAAAACCAAGAGAUACUGUUGUAUUAGCUUGCGGACAUACAUUUUGCUCUUCUUGUGCGAAAGGAUUUAUUAGAAAUAGAAAUUGUCCAUCAUGUCAAACAAGAUUUACACAGUUUGAUAUUAAAACAUUCAAAUAUGACUAA